AAUUGACAUACUGAUUCUCCAUUCAAUUUCAUCCAUCUACCUUUAAUAUCAUUCAUUCAAUAAAUAUAUAUUCCAUUCAUUCUAAUUAAAGAGAAUUCCUUUCAAAUACAUAAUAUAUAUGUGAUGGGAAGAAUACAGCAAACCUAUCCACACCCACCCUUGUGUAUAUUCCACACUACCUCUUAAAAACCAGUUUCAUCACUAUCCAUGCUAAUCUUUUUUAUCUAAUAAUUAAUAAACAGUUCUAAUAGGGAUAAUUUUUGUGAUUUACUAACAUUGUUUUUUACUAAUUCUUUUGUCAUAUAUGAUUUACUAUUUAUUUCACAUGACAAUUUUCAAUUUAUUCUAACCUUCCAAUUCAACAAAAUCCUUUCUUCAUUUUCUGUUGAUUACAGUAACAACAGGUUGGAGAAACAACAAAGAAAAGAAAAGGGGCCGGUGGGUUUUUCUGACAUCAACACCGCCACGGAUCCACUCGCUGCACGCCGUCCACCGCGUGAAGCACUCAUCUCCGACCAACAAUCCACUCAAACCAUGAAGCACACAACAAGGCCGUGACGUACCUGCCUUCCAAUUCCGACAAAUUGAAGAAAUCAAAUUCUUGAGGCAAAACAAUCCGUAUUCUAACACCUAUAAUCCAGGGUGGAAGAGUCAUCCCAACUUCGCUUGGAAAGAUCAACAACAAAAUCCUCAGAAGGCAGAGUGGGUGGUAGCUAUUGAGAGAUUGGCUGGACAAUGCUCUCAGUUUCAAGAAGAGACCAGAAACAACCACAAGAACACCAUAGCUUCAAUCAAAAAUCUGGAAGUUCAAGUGGGUCAAAUAGCACAGCAUCUCACUCUACAGGCACAAGGUACCUUUCCGAGCGCAUCUGUGAAAAAUCCGAAAGACCGAGAGAAGAUUAAUGUUGUUACUACAAGAAGUAAGAAAGUGGCAGAAUCUGAAAAAGAAAAAGAGGAAAUAGAUGAUCCCAUGGUAAUAGAGGUGCAUUUGGAAAUAAGAGAGAAUCCAAAAGAGCCAGAAGUUGUGGUACCGCCGGGUAAACCAUUUGAAGAAAAAAAUAAGAAAGUUGUUGAACCGGUGAUCAAACUACCUUUCCCUUCCAGAGUGACAAAGAAGAAUUCAAAAGAGAAAGACUUUGAGAAGUUCACUGCCUUGUUCAAAAAGUUAGAGGUAAAUCUACCCUUCUUCGAAGCACUAGAGCACAUGCCCUUGUAUAGGAAAUUUAUGAAGGAGGUGAUGGCGAGAAAGAGAUCACAGGGAGGGGAAUCAAAAAUUGCAACUGAGAAGUGUGGUAUAGUCUCAUCAGCAAGAAAAAUCCCAAUAAACAGGAAAGACCCUGGGGCGGUGGUGAUACCAUGCACUAUCAAGAAUAUAACAUUUAAAAAGGUACUCCUCGAUUCUGGUUCUAGUGUGAGUUUAAUGCCUCUGUCCAUUUUCAAAAAGCUUGAAUUGGAAAAGAUUAGUGAAAGUAAGACACAGUUAAGGUUCGCCGAUCACACCAUUAAGAAAUCCUAUGGAGUAGCUGAAAAUGUACUAGUGGAAGUUGAUAAGUUUGUAUUCCCUGUUGACUUCCACAUCAUGGACAUUCCGGAAGACGAAGAAACUCCUAUCCUUCUUGGGAGACCAUUUUUGUUGACAGGCCGCUGCAACUUCGACAUUGAAAAAGGGACAUUAACGCUGAAAUCAUUUGAUGAAGAAGUAACCUUGAAGAUGUUAGGAGUUAAGAAAAAUAGGGGAGUUGUAAAUGAUCAAACUUCUGGUGGUAUGACAGAAAGUGAGGAAAAAGACAAAAAGCCUAAACAGCUCCAAGAAAAAGUGUCAAGCAUAGCCUCUCGGGUGGAACCAACUCAUAUAGCCAUCAAAUGUUCUAAGAAAAAGAAAGGUGAAAAGCUGAAUGAGGGAAGUGAAUUGAAGAGAAAAGUUGUCCAUACUUUUCAUCAUCAUGAGUUUUUGGUUGCGGAGGUGAAAAGCAACCAGGUGUGGAAGAGAAAAUACCCUCCAUUAUAAAGGGUAAUGGACCGUCGAGCCAUGCGACGUUAAACGAAGCGCUUUGUGGGAGGAAACCCACACUUUUAAUAAUUAAUUUGUUCUUUUGUUUUGUUUUAUGCCAGGUAAUAAAAAGGGGAUUUCUCUGGUGAAAGCUUGAAAGCGGUAGCUGGAGUUGAUGUACCCUAUGUGAGUCCUUUCCGCAGUGGGCUAAAACAUUGAGGUCAAUGUUUAGUUCAAGUGUGGGGGGGUUUUCUUGCAUUUCUUUUGUUUCUGUUUUUCUUUUGUUUUUAGCAUUUUUAUUCGUCACAAUUAGUAGCAACUACCAUUGUGUUACAGAGUGAGAGAUAGUUGUUGGAUGAACCCGAGAUUGAUAGCUAGUGGAUGAAAGAUACUCCCCAUACUUGAUCUCCCGAGGCACCCCAGAAGUUGAUGCAGCCAUGAAAUGAUAAAAUUAAAGGUUGGACGCGAUUUGUUAACACCGGACCAAAAUGGUUGUAUGGUAUACCCGAGUCGGAAAAGAAACCACAUGACACGAGGAGGCUUCAGAGCUUGUAAGCAUAACCAAAAUGGUGAGAGUACAAAUGCCAAACACUAAAAUAUCAUCAUGAGAGUUCAGUCAGGUAUGACCUUAUCACUCUGAUUUUGCGUAUGUUCUUUUUACACAGCACAACAUGAGGACACACGCUGAGGCAUGUUGUUUGUUUAACACUUAGCCUUUCUAUCCAUCCUUUACUUUAUGUUUAUCCUUUGUGAAACCCGUUGAGCCUUAGCCUUUUUGUUUGAAUUAAACCCCUAUUCAUCCGUAACUAUACACUUCCUACCCUUGUUCGGCAUGAUUGUUGUAAAUUAUAAAGUGUGCAAAAAGCUAAGUUUGGGGUGACAAUUCGUAGAAAAAGACCAAGUGCGUAAAAAGAAAUCAAAAUAAUAAUAAUAAUAAUAAUAAUAAUAAUAAAGAAAGAAGAUAAAAGCACUUGCCAUUACUAAAGAAUCAAACAUGCUCAUAGAAAAUUUGAGUGAAGAAUCAAAGGGAAUAAACACCCAGGUUAUAAGUGAGGCACAAAGAUGAGAAAAAUAACAUGAAUGCCGAAUCCAAAACCCUUUGUUAUCCAUUCGUUUGUCUAUCCUACCGUAACUGAGCCCCGUUACAACCCAAAAGACCUCAUAAAGUGUGUGGAAUCUGUUUGUGUAGUGAAGAUAGAGUAAAUUCAAAAUUAAGAGUUGAUAUUGCAUACUUUGAUACUGUGAGUGCAAACACUUUAACCCCGAGAGAUCUGGUGAGAGUGUGAAAAGUUUGCAGGUAAAGAAGCCCUCUGAUGUGAAAGUGUGGUAGACAAUUCGAUUCAGGAAACCAGAAGCUUGAUCGGGAAGGAAAAAUCAAAGUCGCGAAAGACACCGACUGUGUUGUGGAGAGGAGAAAUUCGUGGGUGACCUCUGUUUAGUCUCACUACAUUACUUGAGGACAAGCAAUGAGAUAAGUUUGGGGUUGUGAUCGGUCACCAUUUCUAUUAAGUUAUGUCUUUCAUCCAGCACAAAUUCAUCAUCUCGGUAACACAUUUGGUUGUUUUAUUGCUUUUUAAGCUAAGUUUAUCAUAUUUAUUAAGUUAUAGUAUUGCAUUGCAUUUGGUUUAAAGUUUAUGUCAAAAGAUCCUCUUUAUGCCAUUGUUUGGUAGUGUUAGUGUUGUAGGUUGAUGCGUGUGAACAGAGGAACUAAUGGCAGGACUUGAGGGACUCCGGAAGGCUGAAAGAUGGGAAUUGUUGAAUCAGGAGGUCAACACGGGCACCCGUGUACAUCAACACGGCCCGUGUUGAAAGCUUCAGUAAAGGAAUGUACGAGCUGAAAACAGAGGAUCAACACGGGCACCCGUGUUAAUCAACACGGCCCGUUUUGAUGGGCCUGCGCAAAAUUACAACCUUAUGCCAGUCAGUGAAUCAACACGGGCACCCGUGUUAAUCAACACGGCUCGUGUAGAUGGAUGCAGACAGAAACUUCACUUUUUGAUCUGUUUAAGUUGUCUAGUCAUGAAGGGCACUGUGGACUUUUUGCUGACACUAAUGCUGAUACUAUUUAAACACAGUUAGUGCAAGGAGAAGGGAACUUUUGACGGAUUAGAGAAAAGAAUAUAAGAGAAUAUUGGAGAAAGCAAGGGUUUGGGAGAGAAGAAGAUCUUCAUGAACGGAAGCAAUUGAAGAUUCAAUCUCCUCCAAUUUCUUGUAAUGUCUCUAUUCAUUAUUAUGUUUUCUUUGAAUACUAUGAGUAGUUAAACCCCCCAAUGCUAGGGGGUGGCUCUGAUUUCACUUUGUAAUGACUCUAAGUUUGCCAUUGCAAUAACAAUCAUGUUUUUCAUUGUUGAUUUAUUCUCUUGAUGUUUAUAAUGCUUUUCCUUUCAGACAAAAUCGGAAUUGAUGUAUGAUUAUCGUUUAGGUUGGACAACCAUUGAUAAUGCUUUCAUGAGAAUAUGCUAUAAUUGAUAUUACCUAGGACUAGGAUUACCUUAUAGUAACCGGAUAUUCUUGAUAACUUAAUUGCUUGAUUUGAUUGUAAAUCUCUAAGGACUUAGGGUUUAGGAUGAAGGAUCAAAGGUUUUUUCGCUAAGGACUUAGGAUCAAACAACCUUAAGAACCGGUAAUUGAUUAUUGAAAAGAAGUUGUUGCAAUAGAAAUUUCAGAGUUGUUACAUUGUCAAUCAUCCACUAUCCCUAGCAUGUUACUCAUAUUUGUUAAAAAGUCAAUUUCAUUUACUGCUUAUUUUACUUUUCGCUAAGUGAUAAUCACCAAAGAAAACCCAAUUGAAGUUUUUGUUUAAUUGAACUUUUAAUUGAACUCAUUAUUCCUACGCAGUCCCUGAGAUCGAUAUUCGGGGAAGUUUCCCUAUUAUUACAAGAGGAAAAAUAGUACACUUGCUAUUUUAUCGAUCAUUGACAAAGUACAUAAACAACCUAUUCCAAUACAAUCAUCAAAAGACAAUUGCUUGGAGUACAAGAGACUAAACACAUAGCUACAGAGCUACGGCUCUUCACAAUUAAGAAAUCUUUCUCUCUGCGUUCCACAUUAGGAUUGCAGUCUUCUUAUGUGCAGCUCUUGGGCCUCGGGCUUCCAAGAACCAAAUUAGGGUUAACCAAGUUAACCUAAUUUACACGUCAUGAGGUUGUUACAGAAUGUGCUGUUAACAAAAUCUUCUAGACAAAAUAUUCAGCAUACAAUAAAAGGUUUCCUAAAUUGUAGAUUAAGAGAAAUCAGGAAACAUAAUAAUAAAACAUAACAUCUCCUGCUGUCAGACAUGGAUGUCAUGACAUCGGUCAUGACAUUCACUAACAAAACCUGUAUUAGCUUAAACAUAUGCAGCCUACAUAACACCAUAUAAAGCAUGUCAUGACAUUUGUAAAGACAUUAAACACCCAGGAAUAUUUUACCAUAAAAUGCAGACAAUUUAAAAACAUCUACAGUCACUGACACCAACUAUGCUGAACCUGUUGAUAUUAACAUGGUGGACGUGACUGAGGUUGAUCCCAAGGAGUGGGAGAAAGUUUUGACAGGAAAGCAUGCUGCUGAAAGCCUAAGAUGCAGCGUGAUCUUUAAUACUGAAGUUGGAGGUUCGUUUGAAUCAAAGACUACUGAAGGUCUUCUAGAGAAAACAAGUGAGGCUACUGAGGACCUUAGGAUGAAGCUCUAGAAAAAUAGGAUUUCGGAGGCUUCUCCAGCAUGAGUCAACAUGGUGAAUGUUGGACAACCCUUGUCUGAGAUUGAAGAAGUGGAAAGAUGUCUGAUAAGGGAGAAGGAGAAAGGGGACUAUGGAAAUCCAAAGGCAAAUGAGAGUCUGAAGGAUUAUCUCUGGAGGUGCCAUGAGAAGAAUGCUGGACGAAUGCUGAUGUGUCCAAUAUGCUCAAUCAUGCUGAGUCGAAGGGUCCAAGAGAACUACGAAAGGGCCCAACGGAUCAAGACACAAGGACACUGGAGACAGGAGAACCAGUUGUUGAAUGUUUACCCAAGGCCUGGUAAAAGCCUCUUAAGUUUUCUGGUUCUCUGUCACAAGGAGAAAUCUGAAAUCAUCAUGUGUCCCAGGUGUGGGGCAGUUUAUGAUAGCCAGGCGACAGAAAUGUUUGAAAGAGUGUCAUUCUCUACUGGUUGGGACAUGUAUGGAAUCAAUCCCUGUAUGUACGUUUUCGACAAUCGAGGAGUAUCGAAAAGACCUGAAAGCCCUCACCCAAAGGCUCGAAGAGUCACAUUUAAGCUCCCAGCGGAAGUGCCCAUUGACAAAUGGAUUCAGGCUGGCGCAGGAAAUAAUAAGUGGCGAAACUUUGACCAGGGUGGAAGAACAUCCAUGGCAUACAGGAGGCAGUUUCAGACUUCCAAUCGAGAGAUAUACAGGCUCGAAAACUAUAACGGAAAGAAUCCAAUGUCUAGGUCUCAACGGAGGAGACAUCAAAGGACGAAGAAAGUUGAAAAAGAGUCGAAGUCAAAAGAAGUUGGAGAAUCCAACAGCAGCAAAAUCCACUACAGGCAGCAAGAGUAAACAAACCUCUUGUAGGGUGUAAGUUGUUUGUUUCAGAAAAGGAAAAGAUUGAUGAAAAGGCGUAAUCCAGCCCAGUGAAGGAAGAAGACAUGAUGACAUAUGACUUUGACUCUGAUGGGGUCUCAUCUAUGAAUCUCAACUGUAACGUAGUGUCAGUCCUCCCUCAUGAAUAUUAUCAGGAGACAGAAGUCGAAGACUGUGAAGAGGCAGACGAGGAGGAAAUGGCAAAACAUAGGCCAGUAUGUUAUUAUGUGUUGAAUAACGGUGCAGUUGAAGAAAAAAUGCUUUCUUCGAAAGGCCUGAUCAGGGAAUAAGGAAUCAUCUGAAACCCCUCUACAUAAGAGUCAAGAUUGAAAAUGUGGGCAUCAAUAAGGUCCUUGUUGAUGGUGAGGCAGCGGUGAAUUUAAUGCCCAAUAUACGUUGAAGAGGAUAGGGAUGUUCGAUACAGAUAUAAAACCCCAUAACAUGGUCAUAUCCAACUAUGAAGGAAAACUGGGGCACACUUUAGGAGUUAUCCAAGUGAACCUUAUUGUGGGUUCAGUGACUAGACCCACCAUGUUCAUGGUAAUACCGGCAAAAGCAAAUUAUAACCUUUUGUUAUAUAGAGAAUGGAUUCAUGGAGUGGCUGUUGUGCCCUCAACAAUGCACCAAAGACUAACUAUCUGGAGAGAAGACAGGAUAGUCGAGAACAUAGAAGGAGACCAGAGUUAUUAUAUGUCUGAAGUAAACCAAGUCAAUAAAACAAGCUUAGACAAAAACUUGGCCAACAUAGGACCAUGCCAGGCUGCAGAGGAUAUAUAUUCUCCAAACAAAAAUGCCUUGUAUUAUUUAUCUAUUCACCCUAGCGGGUUUCAAUGGAAUAGAGAGAUAAUGGGAGAUCCUGAGGAAACAGAGCAUAUCAAAGGAUUACCUGGAACACGGCCGACUAGCUGGGACGAAGAUGUUGAAUAUGUCUGAGUCAUCCUUCUUUGAAAGAUUUCGGCUUACAUAGCCGAGAAUAAAAGAAAAGCGGCUCUAGAGGGCGAAAUGACAAGCAUGGUUGUCAAAGCCAUAAGAGAAGAAUCAGAAGUACCAGGACCAGGGGUGCACUUUAUUCCAAAACCCCCCGACGUGAAAAUCUCAGACGAACAGGUCUCAAGUGAACAAAUAAGUCAAAUAAUAGAUGCCAUUUAUGAUGAAGAACCUUUGGGAUUCGAGAAAGAUCCAAUGGCGCCAAAUGUGAAGAUGUUGGCACAAGACCCCCUCGAAGAAGUAGAUCUUGGAGACGGCAGUUUAAGGAGGGUCGUGUAUAUCAACGUGAAGUUGGAUCCAGGCUUGAAAACAAAAGUCAUCGCCUUACUAAAAGAGAAUACAUAUUGUUUCGCUUGGGUCUAUGACGAGAUGCCUGGUUUAGAGAGAGAGUUGGUCGAAUUGAGAUUGCCAAUAAAAGAAGGGAAGAAGCCCAUCAAGCAAACUCCAAGAAGAUUCGCACCAGAAAUUCCCUCGAAGAUUAAAAUAGAAGUCGAAAGGCUUCUUCAUUGCAAAUUCAUUAGGACCACAGGGCUGGAGAUUUCUUGGGCUUUGUGGUCCAUAAGAAGAGGAUAGAAAUUAAUCAAAAUAAAACGAUGGCCAUUAUGGAAACGAAACCACCGUCCACGAAAAAGGAGUUACAAUCACUAUUAGGGAAGAUAAACUUCCUGAGGAGAUUCAUCUCUAACUUAAGUGGGCGAACACAAGCCUUUUCCCCCUUACUCCUUCUGAAGCAAGGAAGAUUCGAAUGGAGUGCUGAACAUCAAGAAGCUUUCGACAAGUUAAAGCAAUAUCUGAUUCAUCCACCCAUCCUAUCACUUCCAAAUGGGAAGAAACAUAUGAGACUCUAUAUAUCAGCCUCUGAUACUACCAUAGGUAGCAUGCUAGCUCAAGAGGAUGAAAAUGGCAUCGAAAGAGCCAUUUACUACUUAAGUAAGGUACUUAAUGAUGCAGAGACUAGGUAUACUGCUAUAGAAAAACUAUGCCUUUGUUUAUAUUUCUCUUGUAUAAAACUUAAGUAUUAUAUAAAACUAGUUGAUGUUUAUGUUUCAUCUCAUUUUUUAUGUCAUUAAACAUAUGCUGUCUAAACCAAUAUUGCACAGUCGAAUUGGUAAAUAGGCUUUAGCCCUUACUGAACACUCUUUGACCUUUUGCCCUCUUAAGGCAAUGAAAGGACAAAUAGUAUAAGAUUUUAUUGUAGACCACGCAGUGGUCGAAAACCCUCAACAAUAUGUUGAAAUAAAACCUUGGAAGUUAUUCUUUGAUGGUUCAACACACGAAGAGGGGAGUGGAGUUGGAAUACUCAUAAUUUCUCCUGAACGAAUUCCAACAAAGCUCAAGUACAAAAUUGAAGGCCCUCUAUGCUCCAACAAUGAAGCAGAAUAUGAAGCAUUGCUUGCAGGACUUGAAGCCUUGUUGGAAUUAGGGGCAACCAGAGUCGAAAUUAAAGGAGAUUCUGAAUUAGUUAUAAAGCAGCUGACGAAAGAAUACAAGUGUCUAAAGGAGAACUUAAUUAUGUACUUCGUUAUGAUGAAUAGGCUGCUCAAAAAAUUUGACUAUGUCGAUUUGAAACAUGUCCUCAGAAUAAAGAAUCAAGAAGUAAAUGACUUGGCACAAUUAGCUUCGGGGUAUAAAGUGUCGAAGGAAAGGCUGGAAGAAUUAAUUCAAGCUAGAGGAAAAGCAAUGGCAACCAGGUUAUCUCCAACCAACCUAGAAAAUACAAAAUUGGGCUUUGCCAAUGAGGAGGAGUUUGAAGUACUGAACAUAGACACUCUGGCAGACACGGAUUGGAGAAGUCUGAUUAUUAGUUACUUGAAAUAUCCUUCGAGUGAUACGGAGGAUAAGGUGAAAUACAGAGCCUUGUCAUAUUUUUUGAUGGGGAACGAAUUGUUCAAGAAAACUCCCGAGGGAGUUUUAUUAAAAUGUCUCGGCGAAACAGAAGCUUAUGUAGCACUGUCAAACGUACAUAGUGGAGCAUGUGGAGCCCAUCAAGCUAGGCAUAAGAUGAAAUGGUUGUUGUUUCGCUAUGGAAUGUAUUGGCUCACUAUGUUAAAAGAUUGUAUAGAUUUUGCCAAAGGAUGUCAAGAAAGUCAGGUACAUGCAAGUAUCCAACAUUCUCCUACUAAUGAAUUAAGUUCGAUCAUCAAGCCAUGGCCUUUCAAAGGAUGGGCAAUGGAUCUGAUUGGAGAAAUUCGACCCAUAUCAUCUAAAGGCCAAAGAUAUAUUUUGGUAGGAAUAGAUUAUUUUACCAAAUGGGUCGAAGCAAUUCCAUUAGCCAUCGUAGACCAAGAAGUUGUGAUUGAAUUUAUUCAAAAACAAAUAUUAUACAAAUUCGGAAUUCCAGAAAGCAUAACCACAGAUCAAGGAUCGGUAUUCACUAGUCGAAAGAUGUAGGAGUUUGCAAAAGAAAUGGGGCUCAAAUUACUCACAUCCACACCUUAUUAUGCUCAUGGAAAUGGACAAGUCGAAGCAGCCAAUAAAGUGAUAAUAGGUUUGAUAAAGAAACAUGUAGGAAAGAAACCAAAUAAUUGGCAUAAAACCUUAGAUCAGGCACUAUGGGCUUGUCGAUUAUCACCCAAGGAAGCAACCAACACUACACCCUUUCAACUCACAUUUGGGCAUGAUACAGUAUUACUAGUCAAAAUCUAUUUGCAGUCAGUCAGAAUUCAUAAACAAGAAGAGAUUUCCCCAAACAUAUACUGGGACAUGAUGAUGAAUGAACUGGUAGAUCUAUACGAAGAAAGGUUGUGGGCAUUGGAGAUGAUAAGGAGACAGAAAGAAAGAGUAGCAAGAGCAUAUAACAAAAAGGUGAAAGGUAAAAUGUUUGUUAUUAAUGACUUAGUUUGGAAAGUUAUUUUACCCAUGGAUCAAAAUAAUCAAGCCUUAGGUAAAUGGUCCCCACAUUGGGAAGGCCCUUUCCGAAUUUUAAAAGUAUUUUCGAAUAAUGCUUAUGAAAUAGAAGAAUUAGUAGAGGAUCGUAGGAUCCUAAAAGUAAAUGGGAAAUAUUUGAAGAGAUAUAGACCAUUUAUGCAUGAAGUCAAAAUUGCAAAAACGUAUAAGUCAAAUAUUUUAGAUGUUUGAAGAUAGUAAGAGGAAUGUUGACUUUCCUCUUAAGCAAGAAGCAGUACAGUAAUUGGAUAUCCCACAUCAUUAUGUUCUGCUGAUUUUCUUUUCAUGGGAGAAAAUUCCCCACCAUAAGUUGAUGCCAUAUCCUGCCCAACAAGGCAGAGAAAUCAUGAUCAAGACCGAUGAAGAUGCUUUUUUAAACAUCAGAAAUAGUUUUGCUAUAGGGAUAUUCACAGAGAACCCCAGUAUCUUCACACUUCAUAACUCUGGAAAUGAGUUUCGCAGAGAUGGUUAAGGUAGAACCAAAGACCUUAGAGCAGAUGAUAGUGUUUCCUUCCCGAUCCAGUUUUGGAUGGAUGCAUGCAUCUAAAAAUCCGCAAGAAAAUUAGGAUAUACUGGACCAUCUAAGAUGGUGAGAUAGUGCUCCAAGUUCUGGGUAGCAAGCAUGCCGGCAAGAUCAACUCCAUGCUUGUUGAACUCAUCAAAUGAAGGGUUGAACUCUUUGUGGAUAGAGAAAAUGAUGUCUCUGUGAGAGGAAGACAUUUUUGAUACAAGAAAGAAAUGAAGAAAAGUGAAAACAAAAUGAAGAGAUAUGAAAGGAGUUGAAAAGAUGUGAAGCAAUAGCGAAAAUGUGAAGAGUUUAUAUAAGGGUAACUUACAAUGGAAUUGGUUACGCUAUGCUGUUAACAUUGGGCCACGUGUUGGAUCCCUGUGGGAAGAGGUAAAGUCCGCCGUUUAUUGGUCUUGGAAGUUGAAGUGUAAUCAUUCUAUAACCGGCAUGUGAACAUCUUAAUGAGACGUUUUGGGAAAAGGUGAGUCAUAAUUAACUAGAAAUUAUGACCUAUGGGUGACUGGAACGUCAAAUCGAAACGUAAUGGCUGCAAGGAACGUUUAUCUCGCGUGUUCGCAGUCUCGAGGCAAUUAUUAUGGCUAAAAAGGUGAAUAUAUAUAUAUUAAAAAAAAACUUGCCAAAAGUGAUAUUUUUAAUAUUACGUGCCAGAACGUAAUUAAGGAAAGGAAAUAUCCAUUAAUAUAUUCGAUUACAAAAGAGCUAGCAGGUGGAAAAUACUCUAAAGGCUAUUACAACAGAUUAAUGGUUAAAGUCGUUAGGGAGACUAUUCUUCAUAUGAGAGUAUUGAGAAGCCAAUAUGGACAACUGUCGCUCGAUUGUAGCUUGUUGUUUCUUCAACUCUUCGAUCUCUGGCUCCAGAUUUUGGGCCAUCUCGAUAUGAUGAAUGCCCAUUUGGACUUCUUCAUCUAUCUCUUUUAGGUUUAUCUUUCGGAUCUUAUCCCGACGAUCAUUUGCUACCUUUACUUUCUCUUAGAGACGUUUGAUCUCUUCCUCCCAUGAUUUGAUAUUUGCCUCACAAGUUUCAUACUCUUGUUGAUACUUCGAAUGAUCAAGCUCCAGAGUCUCGACUUUGAUAGUUGAUUCACCAGCAGCUUUCCAUUAAGAGGUUUGGGUAGCUACUUUCGUACUUAACUUCUGACUGACUUCUUGUCUUCGAAUAUUAUCUGACUGAAGUUGGUCAAGUAAGAAACCCAGUGAGACAAUUACUUGCGAAACCCCCUCAGAAACAUUGAGAAGAUCCACUUUUUUUAGAAGGGUCUUUAACCCAAAACAGGUGGUAGCAUCUUUUCCCAAUACCUCGACAAAGUCAAUGUCAAAGAAUUUGUCCUUUAUUUUGCGAAGGAGGUUUUGGCCAUUAGAUUCUGCAUUGUUGUCCCCAGAAGUGGUCGAAGAGGCUCCAUCUUUGAUAGGCGAACCACACUUUGCACUCAUCAUGGCUUUGAGGAAGCCCACAGGGUUGGUAGUUUUGAGAGACUCUAAUUCAACUGAAGAAAGUGUUGGAGGAGUAUUGGUCGAAACAGUCUCAUGAACAACGAUCUUCCCAAAGGGUUGAUUCUCUUUAUUUUCUGGUUGAAGUUGGCUGGAAGCUUCAUCCCUAGUUUCAUUUUUAGGAUUAGUUUCCUCGCUCCUCAUAGAAUGCUCGAAUCCUUCAUCAGUAUUAGAUAGCUGGGGAUUGUCCUCCAUCUCAAUAUUUUAAUCGAUGACUGGAGAUGAAUCAUUUGAGUGAUCACCUUCAGUAUGUUCAGUAGAAGGAACAUUUGUAGAAGGCUCAUCAUUCUCGAUAACCAGAGAGAGCUGGUGAAUUUCGUUGUUGAGUAGCUGCCAUAAGUGUUACUUACAUCAAAUCAAGAUUUAUCGAAAGGAAAAUAUUAUUAAAUAAAGGGGGCAUAAGAGUGCACCUUGAGGAUUUUCAAUAUCAGCAGAAGGAUCUGAUGUCUUGAGAUCAGAGGUGGCAGUACCCACAUCAUCCUACAAAUUCAGAAGGGUUUAACUCAAAUUAAAAGUCAGAAUGGAAUCUGCAGCAAGGUGAUAAAAGAUUAGAUUCUUUACCUUUUCCAGAAUAUUGUCUGGGCUCGAAUUAUGACUCUCACCGACGGGUAUAGUUCCAACUAUCUUUUGAGGCUGUUUGUCAGAAGAGAUUUUGUCACUCAAAGAUGUAGUCUUCGAAGUCCCAGAUCCAUUUCCUUUAAUCGAGGGAACGGUGUUCUUUUGUCUUUUCUUCAUCGUCAAUUUGGUAUGAGGAGGAGACCCAUCUUCGCCAUCUGAGGCAAUGGUGACGCUUGUAGCCGAAGCUUUCUGUUUGGGAUUCGUUGGAGGUUUUGUAUUAUGGAAAUAAUUAUGUCAGAAAUUUAAAUGACAUUAGAACAAAGCAUAAACAAAAGGUCAAAGUACUUACCACAGGUUUUUUUCCAGUAUUGGUGGAAUCGUCUCCACUUGCUUUCUUGCCUUUCGAAGCUGCAGCAGCUUUACGAGUGUUCGCAACAGAAUCUUUGAUAACUUUUCUUCGACUAAGAGCUAUAAUCAAAAUAAGGCAAGUUAGUAUAAAGACAAAAAGAAGAAAUACCAAUCGAAAGGUUAUCCAGUUCCAAACCUUCAAGUAUUGGAGUCAGAACACUAACGUGUUCGAGACCUAUGUGAAGAUGUCCUUUGAAAUUAUCCAAGGUAUGUUUAGUCGGAUCCACUCAUUCAGCAUGUUUUUAGAUUGUUCACGAAGAAUUUUGGGGACAUUCCCACACACAAACCAGUCUCGGAAAGGAGGGCUUAGAGCCAUACCAAAGUCAGCGCUGGGUAGUGGAGGAAAUUUGGGAGGAUAUAGUUUGAAAGCCACUUCAUAACAUUGUUCAGGACGAACAUGUGUGGGCAAUUUCAACUUAUCCAGUUUGUUAGAAAACUUUUCGCGUAAAUUAAUCGCUGCUUCAUGAACGGUUCGACUAAGAUCAUUAGGCUUAGAGAUAGUUUCAAAGAAUUUUUGGAAAUCUUGGAUUUCUUUAAUGUGCGUCGAAGUACCUUUCUGAAAGCGCUCCUGCACGAUAGCAAAAGCCUCAGUCAGCUCAUGUGAAAGACCAACAACGUUGAAGAUCUGAUUGUCAUAAUACUCUGCCCACCACUGAUGAAAUUCCAUGGUGGAAUAGAAUGUAGGUUCGAAAAGGAUAGGAAUGAGGGUUAUAACGCCAACAUAUCUGGAGAUCUUGGGUGCAUAGUUUUCCUCAGUAGAAUGCAUGGUAUGCAGACCCAUAUGACUCCUUCUGUCAUACAUACAUUUGGGUUUAAGCUGGACAAGCCAAAUUUUCUCGAUACUAGAUUGAGUUGAUAGCUGAUAAGACCAUAAUGGCUCUUUGUAAUCCGCAGCCGAUGAUAUAACAUCCUAGGAGAUAAGAAAGCUUCCCAAAUAGUCAUUGAUUCAGCUUGUUGAUCUAGGGAGGAAGCAGAAAACUUUCGUGUGAACCACUCAGGGCCUACUUCCCUUUUUACAAAUGGAGCCAUCGAGGGAAUAAAACUGUAGCGCUUAGCAAACAUCAUUAUAUAUGCUUGAAAUGCCUGAGACAGUUGACCUCCUUCUUCUGGGGGAGUUAAGUAGGCAAGUCUUGUUCCUUCGACUGUUCGGUUAUGAAUAGUUGUGUCUUUCUCAUCAACUACACCUUUCUUUGGGAGAAAAGUUUCGAAGGUGGCGUUAAGCCACAACUGCAAUAACUAAAAAGGCCCAGCAAAAAGCAAGGAAGUCCCAGUUUCUUAUGUCUUCAAGAAGUCUACGGAUUUGCCAAGACUUUCAUAGAGAUACCCCAUUAUCAGUUGGCUCAAAUUCAAUUUCUUCCCGGCAUUAAGUUGAUUGGCCAUACAUAGAUAUCUCUUAGCUACUAUAAGAGACCUUGAACAAAAGACACAUCUCGAGAGCCAGAGCGCCAAGAAUGCAAUAUGUUCUUCGUCCGAGACUUUGUCGUUGGUUUUAUCAUGGUGUUUUAUAGUAAACCCAGUGUGGGUAGCUUUAAUCUCACCAAACUUUAUGUUAUCGAUAUCCAUAUAGUUGGGGUCGCAAUCUUCCCCCGUUGGUCGAAGCCCUGUGAUAGCAGCUAUAUCGAAGAGAGUUGGCGUAACCAUCCCACAUGGGAGAUGAAAGGUAUUAUGAGAAGCAUCUCAGAAAUACAUGGACGCUACUAACAUGGUUUGGUUAUAUUCUAAACCAGUUUUCGAUAACUGGAUCAAAUUGUAAAUCCCUCAUUCUUUCCAAAACAAGGCUUUUUUGACUUCAACUUUAGCCAACCAAGCAUAAUAUAGGUCAGGAUCUUUUUCUAAGGGAAUUUCUCUAAAGACCCUAGGGAUAUUAGUCAUAUAUUUUAAACUAAUGGUUUCUUGGACUAUAGAAGUCUUAAUUAAAGAACCUUCAACCAUAGUGUUUUUCAACGAGGAGUGGUUUGACCUCAUCAUCUAUCUUGUUUCUACUAACUAAAGGACUAGUCUUAUAGUAAGCAGGAAAGAAUUUAUUUUGAAGAUGAGUAACACGACCAAGUAAAGGACCCAUGAAAGCAUGAGUUUUUCCAGAAAUCGUGAAAGGGAUAAUUACCUGAGAAGCGUAAAUGGCGCGAGUUUCUUCUAGAUUUUGUUCACGGUUUGACCCCACUUGUGAAGGACGUUGAAGUUGAUGAACAGGUUGAGAAGCGUUCACGGUUUGCAUCAUCUGGUUUUGAUCGGUUGACGAAGCCAUGGAUGAAUUUCUUCAAAAGAUAAAGAAAAUGGAAAAAAGGGUUUUGUUUCUGCGUUUGAAGAUGCCAACGGAGAAAACGAUUGUGAGAAGAAAAGAAGGUAUUGCAAGUGCUGAAACCUUUUAUUUAAAGGUUUAGGAAAAACCCUUCAAUUUUCUAUUUUAUUCGGUUAAUUGAGUUAAUGAGGCACGCGUCAGCAGCUGGUUUAUCCGUUUGACGGUCCAACAGUUAUUAGCCUGACUCCUAGUACCUAGGAGCAAUGAUCACAAGUAAUGUUAAGACGUGGGAACGAAUGUUCUGAAGAGACUUUUUUGAAAAUGACAAGACGUUUUGAAAGAAAGGUCAUAAAUGAUUAUGACGUUAUCUUGGAACUCAAAAGUUUUGAGAAAAUCGAAAUCUCAAAGUAUCAAGAAAUGCCCAUUUCUACUUAUCUUUCGAAACAGACAUUUAUUGGCGGCAAUUUGUUAGCUGGAGAUUUUGAAUAAUAUUUAUGCUCUUCGAAGAUUUAGGUCUCGAAGAAAGCAUGGCUUUGAAUGGCUAUUUUUGAGAUUGUUAUAUAUCAUGAAGGUUCCUAAAUCGAAGCUGAAUUUGAAUAGGUGGCCUUCGAAACCUAAGGUGGCCUUCGAGAUCUAAGGGUCGAAGAAACUUAGAGUAUUUUGAUAUAUUCUCACAAAGGGCACGUUGCUGUGAGCCGAAGAAGGUUCGAGCGGGAAGAUUUGAAAUUCAAAGAGUUUCGUUUGAAUUAAGGAGGACAUGUGGAGCCCCAGGAAUUCAAAGCGCAUGCAAGCGAGCAAUGUGGCAUUUCGUUAGAGUAGGACCGUUAAGGUCGAAUUAGUAUAAAUAAGGGUCUUAGUGGUAGGAUCCAAGGGUGUUCAUUUUGUACAAAUUACUCACAAAUCACUCAAGUACCAAGUGUUAGAGAAAGAUUUUUCGUUGAGAAAUGUACGUGUAACACCAUUACCUUUUAUAUAUUUGUCUUUCCUUUAUAAGAACAAAGUCUUUUAACAUUCCUUUAUUUUCUCAUCGAAUCUUUUAUAUUUACAGUUUCAUUCUUUUAUAUUUAUGUCGAAGCCAUUUAUGUUUAUUGUCUAACCAUUUCAAUUUACUCUUUGCAAUUUUUUUUCGUUGCAUUAUGUCUAGUUUUACUUUAUAGUCAUUUAUAGAUUAGGAUAUGUCAUACCCCAAUUUUUGACCCUAAGAUCAUAUAUCAUUUGCAUUUCAAUCAUCAAUCAAAAUCAUAAUCUUGAGGUAUCAUUUUUUCUUUUAUACUCACUUUGUCUCUGAGGGGAACCACCAAACAUUAUAUUUGUCUAAUUUGUUUUAAACUAACCAGAAUUCAAAAAUAUGUAUUUUGUUUCUUUUAUUUGAGUUUUACAGGUAAGAGAUCGGGCAAAAAUCAAAACAGUGCAAGAAAAUGGAUUUUUGAAAAAUUCACUAUGGAAAUCGAUUUACCCAUAUAGGAAAUCGAUUUCCCUGGACGAGUUUGGAAAAAAAGAGGGAAGCAUGACAUCAUUUUGGCACCAAACACAUUUUUCUUGAUUAUUCGUUGUCAUUUACCAAUAUUCCACCUUACCACAAAUUAAUUUCUUUCAUUAACCUCACUUUAACCCCACUUUACCAAAUUAAACACAAGUUAAUUACCAAAUGAACAAUUACAAAGUUUCCCACACCUCUCUCUCCAAUUCUAUAAAUAGAGUCAUUCACCUCCUCAUUUUACAAGCUUGAAUAGCCAAAUAAACUCUUGCAAUUUCUCUCCUCAUCCCUACCAAAUUCACCUAAAGCUCUUUCUUCUUUCAUAAAGUUAGUGAGUUACAUCUUGAACCUCACUAACUUUGAGCUAAACCAUCAUCCAUCUCACUUUUUUCUUCAAUUGUUGAGAGAUCAAGAUUUGUGUUGGUUGUUCUUGAAGAGGAUCUAAGUUUUGUUCAGGAUUUGGUAAAUUUCUCCAUUCUUUUUCAUCUUUCACAAUGUGAUUCUUUUGUGUUUGUGUGUGUUGCACCCCAAAAUUUGCCCAUCUAAUUAUUCUUAAUUGGCUU